UUGCCUGCAGAAUGUCAGGGACAGGGGACCCCCGCCUGGUGGCUGCCGUCUGUGGGGUCACACAGAGUCGGACACGACUGAAGUGACUUAGCAGCAGCAGCAAAGCCCUUUGAAUCUGCCUGGAAACCUGUGUCAAAUUCUAAGUGUAACAAUACAGUUAGUAUCUGUGGAGAAAGAGAGCAAUGCCUUCCAAAAACAAAUGUACAAGCGUAUAGGACCCCAAACCCCCACAUCUAUGAAUGUGUUACAGUUCUCAGCAUAUGUUGUGUGCUCUGGUUUUCCGUGCCUUCAUACAUGGGAACUUUUCAGAGAAAUUAGUUUUAUUUUCUCCCCAAAGAUAUACCUAGCCUCUUCCCUGGCCUCCCCGAGACUUCCAUUAGUGGUUGUGAUGAUGCCCCAGACCUCCAGGAACCAGCUUUUCACUGCUCUCGUUUUCCCAGGUGGAGAGUUCCCACCUCUGCUGUCCUGAACCUCUGGAGUUACCGGAACUUGGGAACAGUGCUCUCAGAGGAGUGCUUUGUUUUCACAGGCUCUGCAGUGGCUAGGCUAGCUUCCAUCUCUUUUUGUGCCAAUUUUUUUAUUUACCUGGAACUGAUCAUUCACCAACCGUGUCACUGAUUCUCCUCGAGUUAGUUUCUUUUCAGGACUCUAGAUAAACUCCUGUUUUCCGAUGAGUGGAUGUCAGUCAGGAUGAGAGAGUGUCAGGGGAGGGUGAAUGUGACUCGGGGGGCACUGGGGCCUUUCUGAAACCUGCCUCUCUGGUUGGUGUCGCUCUGCGGUUGCCGAUGACCAAAUGCAAUCUCUCUUGGAUGUAAAAUCAGCUCCCUUUGGAUCGUUUCUGGCACCCUCAGUCCAGGUAGUUGUUUGAACAUGGUAUACUUUUUUUUUAAUGGUUAACCAUAAAAAUUUUGGACUUUACAAAAAGACAGAACUCUUUACCAUCCUGUGGUAAUCUGGAUUCUAGAAUUUUCCUUUUUCAGGAAUAAUGAUCAGAUGAUGGGCCUCAUUUGGUAUAAAGAAAUAAAUGGAAUACUUGAGGGAAAAAUGAAUUAUUAAUUUAUUAUGACUUUUUAACUUAAACAUUUUAUCCUCUAUUAAAAAGAUUAAUAGAGGAUAUAUGUAUACGUAGCUGAUUCACUUUGUUGCACAGCAGAAACUAACACAAUAUUAUAAAGCACCUAGAUCCAAUUUUAAAAUACUAAAAAAAAGACAUUUUAGAUUGCCACCUAUUCAAGGAAAAAUUGUUAGAAUGGUCUGUCUAGACUGUGAUCUGGAAGAGGGAGCAGAUUUGACCGAGUUUUGUCCCAUGCAAAGCAUACUAACUGAAGAAAUAAUGGUGAUAGCUUUGGCGGGUCUGUGGUAGUCUCUACCAUUUUGUAUGAACACCGCUUACUUAGUAUACAGUUAAGGGAAAAUGGAAAAAUUUAGGUAGAUGACUUUCUUUUUCAAAAUCUCAAUGUCAAUUUCUACCUUCAGCAAAGCUACCUUAAUUAAAAAACAAACAAACAAAAAGCUUCACUGACGGACCUUUUCCUGGUCUUCAGUCAUGUGUGAGGGAGGGUCGUCUGAAAGUUGAUGCUUCUUAUCCACAGGGUACCAGGGAUGUGUUUUCGUUAAUAGGCGGUGAUCAUAUGAGUCUCUAAAGUACAGUGACCAACACAGAGCAGCUUAACAGGAACAAUAUACUUAUUAUUUUCUCUUCUUCUUAAGUGAUGUCGUGUGGACACCCUGGUGUCCCUGCCAACGCCAUACUCACAGGAGACCUGUUCACCUAUGGGGCCGUGGUCCACUACUCGUGCCGAGGGAGCCGCAGUCUCGUGGGCGACAGCAGCAGAGCCUGCCAGGAGGACAGUCACUGGAGCGGAGCCCUGCCCCACUGCACAGGAAAUAGCCCUGGAUUUUGCAAUGAUCCGGGGACCCCAGGCCAAGGGUCUUGCCUUGGAGAGGAGUUUAAGGCCAAGAGCCUCCUGCGCUUCUCCUGUGAAAUGGGCUACCAGCUGCGGGGCUCGGCCGAGCGGACGUGUCUGCUCAAUGGAUCCUGGUCAGGACUGCAGCCCGUGUGCGAGGCUGUGUCCUGUGGGAACCCGGGGACGCCCACCCACGGCAAGAUCAUCAGCAGCGAUGGCGUGCUGUUCUCCAGCUCGGUGGUCUACGCCUGCUGGGACGGCUACAGGACCUCAGGGCUGACCACUCGCCACUGCACCGCCAAUGGGACCUGGACCGGCACGGCCCCCGACUGCACAAUCAUCAGCUGUGGAGACCCAGGGACCCUGGCUAACGGCAUCCAGUUCGGGACCGAUUUCACCUUCAACAAGACGGUCAGCUACCAGUGCAACCCCAGCUAUACCAUGGAGCCCGCCACGUCCCCCACCAUCCGCUGCACCAAGGACAGUACCUGGAAUCACAGCAAACCAACCUGCAAAGCCGUCAUGUGUGGCCAGCCUCCUCCGGUCCAGGAUGGGAAGGUGGAAGGAACGGACUUCCGCUGGGGUGCCAGCAUCAGCUACAGCUGCGCCCACGGCUUCCAGCUCUCCCAGCCCGCCAUCCUCUCCUGCGAAGGCCAAGGCGUCUGGAAAGGCGAGGUGCCCCAGUGCCUGCCUGUGUUCUCUGGGGACCCCGGCACCACUGCCGAGGGGCGUCUCAGCGGCAAGACCUUCACCUACAGAUCUAAAGUCUUCUUCCAGUGCAAGUCCCCCUUCCUCCUGGUGGGGUCGUCCGGGAGAGUCUGUCAGGCAGACAGCACCUGGAGUGGCGUCCAGCCCACCUGCAUCGUUUCAGAUCCUGCUCAUAACACCUGUCCAGACCCUGGUACUCCACAGUUUGGAAUACAGAUGAGCUCAGGAGGAUAUGAGGUUGGAAGCAUGGUGUUUUUCCGGUGCCGAAAAGGUUACCACGUCCAAGGCUCUACAACUCGAACUUGCCUGGUGAACCUGACGUGGAGCGGCAUCCAGACAGAGUGCAUCCAGUCUGACUCCCUAGAACCAUCAGCAGCAGCACCCAGAGUUGGUUGAAGUUUGAAUCUUGAGUGCCAUCCUGCACACCCCUGCAGUAUCUGAGGCUCUGGGGGCCAGGGGCAGGUCCGGAGAAGAGGAGCAGGGGGACCCCAGUCUGUAGUCCCCAGGCACCUCUGGUGAUAUCCAGGCCCAAAAGCCUGAGAAACUGUCCUUAACCAAAGACCAGUGGAUAACAUGCUGGUUAACACUCACCGAGAGAAAACCUACUUGUGUUACUGCUUCCCUAGGAUGUUCACCUCGGGUCACUAAAGAUCAUGUGACUCAUCAGAGUAUUAAUACACGUCUUUAAACUAUUCUUUUUGGAGUCCAUAUGAAUUGAUAAUUCAAAUACUUAGGACCAAGUUUUGUUUUGUGAUUUAAUCAUUAGAAUUAGGAGAAAUGUAAUGAUUAGUAAUCAACCUUUCAUCCUCUACCAAUCUACGGCAAAGUAGUAUCUAACUCUUACUAUACAAAUAUCUUCUGAGUAUGUAAGUUGUGAAUUUUGUGUAUUUAUGUAUCAGUAUUUAUUUCAAAGCUAUCAUCUCUAUUCUAAAUCUCUACGUGAAUCCUCUAUGUGAAUAUUAUACAGAGAUAUCACACAUACACGCAUGUAUAUGUAUGUAUAUACACAUAGGUGUGUGUGUCUGUGUGUGGAGCUAGCUAAUAUUAGGUCUUCAUUACCUUGAAAAUUUGGAGAAGGAAAUGGAAACGGCUCC